AAAGCAAAGAACGUCCUGCUGAAACAUAUCGGUGGGGUUAGUUGUGCUUCGUACAGCUGUAGUCCAAUGUGAAGCAGCAUAUUUUAACCUGAGCGGAAAUGUCGGGGUUCAGCGCAGAACUCAUCGAUUACCUGGAAGGCAGAAUAACAUUUGAAGAGUUCGACAGACGGAGAGAUGAAUGUAAAACGGAGGAGUCAGAAGGACCUACAGAAGAUGAAAGCAAACCUUCCACCUCAGCAGAAACAAAGGCAAAAGUUGAGGACGGAGUCAGCGCGGGAGUCCAGCAGGCCUUCGCUUCCAUUCUGGGGGAAAGGGUAGAAGAAGCAUCUUCAGAGGACGAGGACAGCUUGAGUUAUGUUGAUGAUCAAGAUGAUAGGGAUUACAAUGGGGAGGAGGCAGAGGAGGCGAAGGACAUGACCAAAGAGACGAAGAGGAGGCCGAGGCAAGGUGUCAAAAAAGUAGGAAAAAGAAGCCUGAAGAGCAAGCUAGAGGAGGAGGAGGCAGAUGAGGAGAACAUGACUGUGGGAGACGUGUUUAAACUGGAGAUGGAGCUGAACCGCGAAAACAGGAAGUUGAUGAAGGGGCGUCGUCAUGGCAGCAAACUGCCUCAGGCUCUCAGGGGCCUGAUGGGAGAGGCCAACAUCCGCUACGCUCGAGGGGAGAAACAGGAUGCUAUCGUGAUGUGCAUGGAAAUCAUAAGACAAUCUCCUCUGGCUUAUGAGCCUUUUUCCACUUUGGCCAUGAUCUAUGAGGAUAAUGGAGAUGUGGACAAGGCGCUGCAGUUUGGGCUUAUUGCUGCCCACCUCAACCCUUCAGACUGUGACGAGUGGAUCCGACUGGCUGAAAUGUCUCUGGAGCAGGACAACACCCGACAGGCCAUCAUCUGCUACACCAAAGCGAUCAAGUACGAUCCCACCAACGUGCGCUAUCUGUGGGACCGAUCCAGCCUCCACAUGCGUAUGGGGGAGCACAAGCAGUGCAUGGAUGGCUACCGCAAGAUCCUGUCUCUGCUGCCUCUGGAGGAUGGAGAGCACUUCAUGCAGCUGUCCAAGGACAUGGCGAAGAGUUACUAUGAGAGCAAUGACCUGCCCUCAGCGCUUAGUGUGAUUGCGGAAGGUCUGGACCGACACCCCAGCUUGGUCAGCGAUGACUUCAUCAACAUGGCAGCUGAACUCUACAUCUGCAGCCGCCAGUAUAAGGAGGCCCUGCAGGUUUUGGUCAAAUUUGCCGACAUUGUUCUGGUCCGAGCAAAGUCCCCAGCAGAAAGCGCAGCUCCGUCUCAAAAAGACACGGGGACCGAGGAGGAGUUGAAGGAAGCCGAAGAGGACGCACACCCUGCAGGGGACACAGCAGCAGACGACAGCGGUGAAAUUCUGGAUGUCCAGGUACCAGACAGUGUCCCAGUUGACCUAAGGGCCAAGCUAAUUGUCUGUCUCAUACACCUGAAUGUCUUCAAACCACUCGAGGGCUUGGUGCUGUCUCUGAUGGAGCAGAGUCCGGAGGAGAUCGGAGACCUGUACCUGGACGUGGCUGAAGCUUACCUGGAGCAGGGCAGGUACUCGUCUGCUCUGCCUCUGCUGUCGGCCCUCGUUGUCUCUGAGAAGUACGACUUGGCUGUGGUUUGGCUUCGGCAUGCAGAGUGUCUAAAGGCUCUGGGCCACAUGAAGGAGGCAGCAGAGAGCUACACAAAGGUAGUGGAGAUGGCACCCCUGCACCUGGAGGCCCGGCUGUCUCUCGCCACGGUGCAGCAGCAGUUGGGACGGAUGGACUGUGCUCUGAAAGCACUGGAGUCCAUGUACGACAGUGACACGCUGGCACAGGAUUCGUCCGCUGCGCAGAAGGAAUUAAAGCUGCUGCUGCAUCGCUCCACCCUGCUGAAGGCGCAGGGCCAGAAGCAGGACUACCUGGACGCCAUGAUCACCAUGAUUUCGAUGCUGCUGAAGGUCGCCAUGCAGCGGGCCAAGGUGUGUGUUCGUUCUGUAACGCUGGCAGGGCACAACCACCUGAGGCUUGUGAAGGUUUUAGACAUGCUGCCAGAAAUUGCCGACCAUGAAAGCGCCUAUCUGGACAACAUGUGUAAAACCAACGUAUUGUCCAAAGAGGACUGGUGGCAGCUGUUGCUGAGCUGCCUGCUGGGGCUGUGUGAGGUGGAGCGCUAUGAAGAGGCUGAUCUCCUCGUGGAGUCAGCGAUGGAGUUCUACUCCUUCUACGACAGCAAGCCCAUGAGGAAGGAGCUGGAGUUUAUCGGCCUCUCCGCCACCUUCCUGAACCAUGACUACUUCAAGGCGUACAACUACAUGAGAUUAAUGCUUAUAGAAAACGUUGAUCUGCCUCAGUUCUGGAACAUUUUUCACCAGCUGACGACAUCCUCCCAGCACCAGCGCCACCAUCGCUUCUGUCUACGACUGCUGUUAAAACAUCCUGACAACCACGCCCUGUGUGUCGUCUGUGGACACAAUGCCAUGGUGUCGGGAAGCUUCAAGCAUGCUCUGGGCCAGUAUGUCCAGGCUUUAAAGACCCACCCUGAAAAUCCACUGCACAGCUUCUAUGUGGGGCUCACCUUCAUCCACAUGGCAUCCCAGAAGUAUGUAGCCAAACGUCACGCUGUGUUACUGCAGGGAUUUUCCUUCUUAUGGCGGUACGUGGAGCUACGUGGAGAGUGUCAGGAGAGCAUGUACAACCUGGGCCGAGCACUGCACCAGAUGGGCCUUACACAUUUGGCUAUACAUUAUUACCAAAAGGCGCUUUCGCUACCUGCUUGGAAGCUGGAUGGCAUUCCAGACAAUCAGGUUGAUUUGAGGAGGGAGAUCGCUUUUAACUUGUCACUCAUCUACCAGGCCAGUGGGAACAUGGAGGUGGCGCGGCAGCUCAUCAGAACGUAUUGUACUGUGUGAUGAUGUGCCUCAUUUUUAAAGCACUUUCAGAUGGACUGAUAUCUGGCAAAGAACCUGCAGGAAACAUCUGGACGAUCCAGCAUUUCUGAAGAAACACAGAAGACUGUAUAUUCUGCGAUAGUACAGCUGCAAGGAGAACGACUGAAUUAUGAAAUAGCUUUAGUAUUCAGAUAAUUUUGUAUUUUGAAUACUCUGAUUAUCAUCGAUUUGUCGGCAUCGGGGGUGUCCAAGAUGUGGCCCUGGGGGCCAUUUGCUGUCUUCGGGCCCCAAUUCAAAAAUGUUCUAAUUCUGGUUUUCCAUCUCAGGCAGUUUAUGCAGAGAAGCAUGAAAAAUAAAAUGUUAGGGUGUAUUUUUUUACCUAUGUGAGGCCUUUCCAAAAAAAGAGAAAAAAAGUCUUCUUAAAAUGGAAAGUAAAACACAAAGUCUUCAUUUUCUUCAUGUCUUUGUAUUUAUUUUUAACGAGGCAAUCCUGCAAGACUCUUUAUGUGUGGCAUCUGUAAUGAUUUACUGAUCCGUUUUCUACAGACAUCUGGCUAAUUUGCUUCUUUCAUUCAAAUUAUUUGUGUUUAGUUAAUUGAGCAGGUAAAAAUGAAAAGAAAUUUUAUUGUUUUGUUUUUUUUGAUUUAAAUAAAAGUCUAAAUUUUGUUCU